AGCACCUAGUGAAAGUGAGACUCGUUUGUAUCGUACCAAGACUUGUAAAAGACUUCAUUUCUUUCUUUCUCUCUCUCUCUCUUUUAAAUUCUCGCGUUACUUAUUUUUAUCACUUCUCUUGCUCUUCCGCCAAGGGUUUUCGGUGUUUCAGCGAACGACGAUGACCAUCCAACCCUUGGAUUUGCUCCGCUCCAAUCUCUCCCGGGUUCGGAUCCCCGAACCCACCAAUCGCAUCUACAAGCACGAAUGCUGCGUUUCGUUCGACUCUCCGAGGUCGGAAGGUGGUUUGUUCGUCGACAUGUGUACUUUUCUUGCUUUCGGGAAGGAUUUUGUUGGUUGGAAUUAUGAGAAGACUGGAAAUCCUGUCUAUUUGCAUAUAAAGCAGACAAAUAAAUUAGUUCCAGAAGACCGGCCUUCAAAGAAACCUACUCUCUUGGCUAUAGGUGUUGAUGGGGGAUUUGAUAACAAUGAGCCAGAAUAUGAGGAAACUCAUAGUGUAGUUAUAUUACCUGAGUAUGUUUCUCUUCCAUUCCCUUCUGUGGAAUUGCCAGAGAAGGUAAGGUUGGCAGUUGAUGCAAUCUUACUAGCUGAGGGUGCUGAACGAAAGGAGCAACUUGCAGCAUGGACUGCUGAUAAGAAGAAAGUUAGUUCCUAUGCAACAAAUUUACAACAAAUUGACAAUGGUGUUGUUAUUCCACCAUCUGGGUGGAAAUGUGCUAAAUGUGACAAGACUGACAAUCUUUGGCUAAACCUGACUGAUGGAAUGAUUCUUUGUGGGAGGAAAAUGUGGGGUGGAACUGGUGGAAACAACCAUGCUGUUGAGCAUUACCAAGAGACAGGCUUCCCUGUUGCUGUAAAGCUUGGAACUAUCACUGCUGAUCUUGAAGCAGCAGAUGUUUACUCUUAUCCAGAUGAUGAAAGUGUCUUGGAUCCACAAUUAGCGCAGCAUCUGGCAUUUUUUGGCAUUGACUUUUCAUCACUACGAAAGACUGAAAUGACAACUGCUGAAAGAGAACUUGAUCAAAAUACGAAUUUUGAUUGGAAUCGAAUCCAAGAAAGUGGACAAGAAGUAGAUCCAAUUUUUGGACCUGGAUAUACAGGAUUGGUCAAUAUUGGAAACAGUUGUUACAUGGCAGCAACUAUGCAAGUUGUGUUUUCAACAAGAUCCUUCACAUCACGGUACUAUUUGAACCAAAGUCUAAAGAAGGCAUUUGAGAUGUCUCCUGCUGAUCCCACUGUAGACCUAAAUAUGCAGUUAACAAAAUUGGCUCACGGCAUACUUUCUGGUAAAUAUUCUGUUCCGGCAUUUGAGAAUGAUGAAAAAGAAAAUGUUGCUACUUCAACUACAACUGCUAAACAAGAAGGGAUACGUCCACAUAUGUUUAAAUCUGUAAUAGCUGCCAGCCAUCCUGAAUUUUCAUCUCCGAGGCAACAGGAUGCUUUAGAAUUUUUCCUACAUUUUCUUGAUCAAGUUGAGCGAGCUAAUGCUGGGAAAGUUGAACUGGAUCCAUCGACGAGUUUCAAAUUUGGUAUUGAAGAUAGAAUUUUGUGUUCAUCUGGAAAAGUUACAUAUAAUAGAAGGCAUGACUACAUUCUUUCUCUCAAUAUCCCAUUACAUGAGGCAACUAACAAAGAAGAAUUAGAAUCCUUUCACAAACUGAAAGCAGAGAAACUUGCAGAAGGAAAGGAAAUAAAUGCCAAUGAGAUUGUGCGUCCAAGGGUACCUUUAGAAACUUGCCUUGCGAAUUUCUCAGCUCCUGAGGAGAUACAUGAUUUUUACAGUACUGCUUUGAAGACAAAGACAACAGCACUGAAGACUGCAGGUCUGACCUCAUUUCCUGAUUACCUGGUGUUACAUAUGCGGAGAUUUGUUAUGGAGGCAGAUUGGGUACCAAAAAAGCUUGAUGUGUACAUUGAUGUUCCUGAUAUCAUAGAUAUCAGUCACAUGCGCAGCAAAGGUCAGCAGUCUGGGGAAGAGCUAUUACCUGAUGGUGUUCCUGAAGAGGAAGAUUCAAACAAAAUUUCGGCCAACGAUGAAAUUGUUGCCCAGCUGGUUUCCAUGGGCUUUAACCAUCUCCAUUGUCAGAAAGCUGCUAUAAAUACAUCCAAUGUUGGAGUAGAAGAGGCAAUGAAUUGGUUGCUAUCUCACAUGGAUGAUCCAGACAUUGACAAUCCUAUUUCCAAAGGCCAUGGCUCUGAAACUGUUGACCAAUCAAAAGUUGAUAUUCUAAUUUCUUUUGGAUUUGAAGAAGAAAUUGCUAGGAAGGCUCUGAAGGCAUCGGAUGGUGACAUUGAGAAAGCAACGGAUUGGAUAUUUAACAAUCUCGAUGCAUCAGUCUCCAGUAUGAAUGCUGCCCCAUCAACCUCUGCAUCCACUACCAAUGAUGUUAACCUACCCGAUGGAGGAGGGAAAUAUCGACUUAUGGGGAUUGUGAGCCACAGUGGAACUUCUACGCAGUGUGGCCACUAUGUUGCUCACAUUUUAAAAGAUGGUAGAUGGGCAAUUUUCAACGACAACAAGGUCGGGGCAUCCAUUGAUCCUCCAAAGGAAAUGGGCUAUCUUUAUUUCUUCGAAAGGCUUUGAUUGGUGUUAGGCUUUCAACAAGGUGAAUAUUUCAACCAUUAAGAGGCGCAGGUCGUUUUUGAAUGGCCUUAACAUGCCACCUACUUCUGCUGAUGUGAUAAUAUUCAUGCUACCUUUCCUUGGUGGCAUGGUAAACAUUCCUCUAGUUGGCCGAAUCUUCUUUUCUUGGUUCUCUGCGGUAUUGAAGCAUUUUGGAACUUCACAUUGCAUUCAUCUUCUAUAAAUUGCAUGUUUAGGAAUUCAAAUUACAAUGGAGACGGAUUGUCAGUUCUAGGGAUUCAAAUAACAAUACAACGAAUGCAGUUUAGUGAAUGUUUAUACAACUUCAUUUUUCUGAUGUCUAAAACCGGUUUCUUUGAAAAGUUUGUAUGACUUUUGUUUGUUCUUGCCUUCACAAAAGCAUAAAUUCUUUCUUUGGCAGUUAA